GACCUGCAGAUGGCGGGAAAUUAACCUAGAUAUGCUCUAUAGAAACCCCAAUCGGCCAAUCCCACGACUCUUUGUAGAGUUUUUUAGAUCGAUCACGAGGAGACUGAGAAUCCUCCUGUGUUUAUAUUUAGAGAGAGAAAGAAUUGUAGAGAGAGAGAGGGAUAUUAGGACAUGGCGGAGAAGGAGAAAGUAGUAGCGGAGACGGAGGAGCUACCGAAGGCUAUCGUUCGCAGGGUGGUGAAAAAUAAGCUCUCUCAGUUUUCUGGCCAAGGUGACAUUUCUGUUCUUAGGGAAGCUCUCCAGGCCUUCUCUGAAAGCGCUCGUAUCUUCAUUCACUACCUUUCCGCCACGGCAAAUGACAUAUGUAAGGAGUCUAAAAGACAAACAAUCAAUGCCGAUGAUGUAUUUAAAGCUCUUGAAGAGAUAGAGUUUCCUGAAUUUGCUGGGCCUCUUAAAGCUUCUCUUGAAGAGUUCAGGCUAAAGAAUGCUGGAAGGAGGUCGGGAAAGGCAAAGGAAGCGAAAAAAGAGAGUAAAAAGAAAGAGACACCUACAGAAAAUGGAGAUGAAGGCAAACAGGAAGAUGGGGUUGAAAGCGAUCCUGAGGAGGAUGAAUCUCCUGAUAAUAACUAAGCAAGAACAUCAUUUACCCACAUCACAGGUAAAUCGAAGAAUUGGCAUACUGAUUUUAUCUGCCAUCCCGGUGUUUUAAGUUGGUAGCUUAGCAUUCUACAUUUUGUAAGAUGUUUUUUUUAGAAAGUAUGCUAUCAUGUAGAUGCUGAAUGGAUCCGUAAAGGCUAGGACUGUAUCGUCUUAGUUAUUCAAUGAAGUCAGUUUCAGUCUGAUGGGAUUAUAUUGGUUCUUGAUAUACUAA